AUGACAUUCAAACAACGCCAUAGACGCGCCUCCUUAUCGUUCAUCAUUUGCCUGCUGUACAGCCUGUUGGCCAGCUGUGAAGCGGGCACGGAGCACUUAAGCAAUUUGCCGAGCAAUGCCCAAAGUGCCGGCGCUCGAACCAUUUUACGGGUAUACGAUGAGUGCACCCGUGCCGAAGGCGGUUUCGUGCCAUGCCUCAAAAAGAAGGCCAUCUCGUUCAUCGAUCGCAUUGCGCCCAUCGAUGCCAUAACCGUUGCCGAUGGCAUUAAGUUGGUCCGCUUGCCGGGCGCCGCAUCCGGCGGCGAGGCGUCUGCCGUACGCCCCUCAUCCUACAGCGAGAACGAAUUGGAGUCCGCGCUGCCACGUUCUGGCAGCGAUCGCGACGCCCAGCUCACAGACAUGCUUGUCGAGCGUCUGAGCCACUUCUUUAACGGUCACUCGCUGCAGGUCAGCUUUCCCAAAUUGACUUCCGAUGAGCUUGGACGCGGCCUAGAAGAAGGUCGCGGCAAAAUGAAGAAAAUGAUGGGCAUGAUGAUGAUGGGCAUGGCCAUGAAAAUGAUGGGCAUGAUACCAAUUGCCAUGGGCAUGCUAUAUAUAUUGGCGGGCAAGGCCUUGAUCAUCUCCAAAAUAGCGCUGCUGCUCGCCGGCAUCAUUGGUCUGAAGAAGCUCAUGUCGGGCAAGUCGUCGGGCGGUAGCUCUGGCUGGUCGUCGGGCGGUGGCGGCGGCGGCGGAGGUGGUUGGUCCUCGGGCGGUGGAGGUGGCGGCGGUGGCUGGGAUCGGCGUUCGUUGAACGAGGCACAGGAGUUGGCCUAUCGUGCACAUAGCAGGCAACAGCAACAGCUGCACUCACUGCAGAUUUAA